AUGGAAAGAAUUCCUUAUGCUUCUGUUGUAAGAAGUUUGAUGUAUGCACAAACUUGCACCAGGCUAGACAUUAGUUCUGCAGUUGGUAUGUUGGGCAGAUACCAAAGUAAUCCUGGAAUGGAUCAUUGGAAAGCUGCAAAGAAAGUGAUGAGGUACUUGAGGGGAACAAAACAUUAUAUGCUUACUUUUAAGAGGUCUGAUAAUUUGGAGGUGAUUGGCUACACUGAUUCAAACUUUGCUGGAUGUGUUGAUAGUAGAAAAUCAACUUUUGGUUAUGUAUAUCUGUUGGCUGGGGCAGCAAUUUCAUGGAAAAGUGCUAAACAAACUAUUAUUGUUGCAUCCACAAUGGAAGCUGAAUUUGUGGCAUGCUUUGAGGGCACGAUUCAUGGUUUAUGGCUGCGAAAUUUUAUCUCAGGGCUUGCUAUUGUCGACACUAUUGAGAAGUCGCUGAAGAUUUAUUGUGAUAAUUCUACCACUAUCCACUAA